UGUUGUCAGCAUCAGCAUCUCUCCACUGAUGCAGAUAACCGGAAGGAUGCUGUGGCAGGGAGGAAGCGUGGGGACUUUAUCGCGUUGACGCUGUAUCCGAUUAUAAACAGCUCCCUCCAUUUUUUAUUCAUUUUUAUUUCUUUCGUUGUUGGUUAUCAGCUUCAGUAGCUGCCAUGUUCCCAUCGUGUCAGUCCCAUCCUGCAGACAGCAGCGGGAAGAGGAGCUCCAUCGCCAAGCUGCUGCUCGGGGUCUUUGUUGUUUAUAUGCUCCACACCGCCUGGCUGCUGUACGGCUUCCUCAACACCAGACCGUGCGAUGGCAGCGCAGGAGAGCUCUGCAUCACCUCCUACCUGACUGCGAGACCCAGGCUACAGAUGAGUGUCUUCACCUGCCUCGUGCCAGACAACAGCCAGCUCAACCUUGCAGUUAAAAUAGACCCAUUCGACCCACACUCUACAUUUGAGAGGCAGGUGAAUGUCUCUCUGCCAGAGGAGACUCGAGCUAAUGGCACUCUGUAUGCAAUGGUGUACGUUCACAAAGCCGGAGUUUCUCCUCUGGACGACAGCAGAGAAGUCCACUACGCAGUCCAGCUCACCACCUACAUGACUCCCACACACACAGAGGGGCAGAGAGACAUGCAGAAGAAGCCAAGUCCCAGAUCAGAGAGUCCCGUGUCCCACUGGAGACCUCACCUGUCAAUCACAAUAAUGUCAGAGGACUUCACCUUCAACAAGGCGGGGCUUCCUAGUGAUGUGCGGCGCUACAUGAGAGUCUCUCAGGAAGGCCGACAGAUGAUCUACCUCCCUCUGCUGCUGGUGAACGAGCUCAGCUUCAGAGUCAGAGACCUCGUGGAGAUCAGCAGCAGCACUGUUCAGCUCCCUCUGACUGUGUCCUAUGAGGGAAUCUCUCUGAGGGGGUUCAGGUUCUGGGUGCACCUACAGGAUGUGGUUUAUUCCCUGCGACAGUUCGGCUUCACAGAAGAGAACGUGGAUGAGAUUAAAGAAACUUUGGCAAGCUCCAACCUCUACCUGUUAGUGCUGACUGCACUCAUCACAGCUCUGCAACUCAUCUGUGAAUUCUUGGCUCUUAAAAAUGAUGUCAGCUCAUGGAGGAAAAAGAAGACCAUGGCGGGGAUGUCCAGGAAGUCAGUUCUGUGGCGUAGCCUCAGCACUUUGCUGAUUUUCCUCCACCUGCUCGAGGAGACCAGUCUACUGGUGCUGCUUCCUGUUGGACUGGGAGCAUGUGUGGAGGUCUGGAAGGUGUUUACAGUGUUUAAGAUCCAGUUUCAGUGGAAAAACUCCAAGCUCCAUGUAACUAAGUUGGAUGAAGAGGAAAGAAAGACAGUGGAGUAUGAUGUGCAGGCAUCCAGAUACUUGUCCUACUUGGUCUAUCCUCUGUGUAUCAGCGGAGCUAUUUUCUCACUGGCCUACUUACGCCAAAAGAGUUACUAUUCCUGGCUGAUCAACAGCCUGGUGACUGGAGUGUACGCCUUUGGCUUCCUGUCUAUGGCCCCACAGCUCUUCAUCAACCACAAGUUGAAGUCUGUGAGCCACCUGCAGGGGACAGUGUUGAUGUACAGAGCGUUUCGCCCACAAGGCCAGGAGGCGAGAGUCUGGGAGCCACAGCAAGAAACUAAAGACUCAAUGAGGACGAGACAAAUUCCUCUCCUUUUCCUUUUUUCCCCCCCUGAGAAAUUAACGCACAAACACACAAAAACUCAUCUUCAAAACCCUGAUGAAGAUGUGAAACGGAGGCUCGGGCAGGACAGUCAGCCACAGCAGCUUUAAACUGAUCCGAGCUGUUCUGCUUCCGACUCUGCACCACUGUACUUUCAUGAUGCUGCUGCUUCCUGCUUGGCAUCAACGAAGCUUCCCCCUUUACUGCUACAGUGAUUGAACAGACAGACACUGCUGCACGUUAUGCAAGAAGAUCAUCAACGGCAUCGUAUCACCGGUUGUAAUGUGCAUUUGCUUGACUCUGCUCUUUGUGCACACAUAAGGGGGUUCCUGAAAAUGUCUCAGAUAUAGCUCCAUAAUCCUAAAUCAAUAACCACCUGCUGCAACUAGACUUGUACUUUAUGGACUCACUUAACUCUCUUUGUCACUGGCUUUCAUAUGUCUGUCUGAAAAGCUUGGGUCAUUAUUCUCCCUUUAAAAUUUACUUGUUAACAAAUUUAUUGUACAGAUUUAUACACACGCAGUAUAUUCUGCUUGUUCCAGCACUUAACUGAAGCUGGGGCGGCCCUCUAAUAGGCGUCAACUGCUAUAUGAAGCUGUACACCAAGUAUAAACUGAAAUAUUCUAAAAUCAAGAUGGCAUUAUUUUUAUGGUUGCAUCAUAACAUAGAAUGAAUAACCCCAACUCAGUGCAACAUAUUUAGUUUCUUUGCGAACUUUAGUGAUUUAAAAUAGUGUCCUGUGGUUUGAACAUUGCGUGGCAUUGCAGCACAGGUGUGUAAUGACAGUCAAACAGGUGAAUCCUGCAGGGACACAGGUAAGCAACAUGGCCUCAGACAGUGAUGGGAGGACGAGGGAAGCAACACAAAGCACUUUUUUUAUUCUUCCUCCAGCUUAGGAGAAUAAAGUAGGUGAGGUAAGGUUAAACUUUAAUGUCGCAGAGGGGCAAUUUGAGAUACAGACAGUGGUCAUGAGUACAACAACACAGACAGAAUCCAGUAUCACACACUGUCAGGGGUAAAUCAUGGACAUCAGUGGUCUCUGCUGGUUUAGAUAAGCGAUAGCAGACAGGACGCAGGAUGAUCUAUAAUGCUAAGUGCUGCAUUUAGGGAGGUAUAACAUAGAACAUUUUCAUGAUAGUCCUAUCUACAUUGAAACUCUUCAGCUUCCUUAAAAAGAAUAGCGUUGGUUUGCCUUCUUACAGACGCCAUCAGUGUUCACAUCAAGAUUCGACUUGUCAUCUAAGACAGUGCCAAGGUACUUGUACUGCUGCACUGCUGCCACUGGCUCCGCCUUAAUCAUAUGACUGGUGUUAAAGGUGUCCUAUCAGGUUGUGUUGCAGGUAACAUUAAAGGGUACAUGCUACCUGUUAUGUAGAGUUAAUGUUAGUCUCGUAUAUCUAGAAUGUCAUUAGAUAUAGUAACUUAUCAUUCACCCUCAUGUAUUAUAUUGAAUUACUUCUACCGUCAGUACACUGUACAGAUAUUUUAUAAAGACUGGCUUUGCAAUGUUAACAUAUAAAAACAGAUUACAGCCAGCGAGUUAACCUGAUGGCAUGCGUCUAUGAAAUCCCCGCAUUGCAUUUUAACUUACAACCUACAGAAUAGCUGCUUAGUUGAAGUAUCAGUGUGUUCCCUUCCACUCAGCACACACACACACACACACACACACACACACACACACACACACACACACACACACACACACACACACACAUCACAAAGAAUGAGAAACAUGUAUCUACAGACGGCAUAAACACAGCACUGUGAAUGAACUAAGCUUAACCAAGCUGUUUAUUGUGCUUGUAUCACGCUGAUCUCUGCGCUUAUUUCUACUUCUUUGCCGACUGAACUGCUUGAGCUGGAGAAUAAUUUACAAACUUAAAAUGAUUUUUUAAAUUAUUUCAUUUUUUA